AAUGACACAAUUGUAGGAGUCGUGAGUAACGAGAGUAGCAGAGCUCGAACGUAUGGUUUAGUGUCAAACGAACUAAAACCUAAGGUGAAUGUGUAGCGCAGAGAUGCCGGGCAAUGGAACUCGUAAUCAGGAUGUUGAGGGACCACCAACAGACACAAUUUUAAUAAAAGUACCGGCACACGAUGGUGUACUAACACCAUUGCUCAAUAGGUACAACUUGAAAUCGGAUACGUUGUUCUGGCUGUAUACGCCGCCGGUAUUGAUUUUUUCACCGGAGCAUAUUCUCGCUAUAACCGGAGGCGACACAUCAUGUGUGGCGUUGUACGAAAGCAGUAUAAUGAGGUGGUGCACUUGCGCACAGUACCUUAUAAACGACUUUCAUUUUGUACUUGGUAUGGAGUAUCACAAAUUCUGGUCGACGGUCCUGUUCGACGAUAAUUUCAGUAUAGCACUUGAGAGCGUUCUACGACAAUCUCCCAGGUGGUUUGAUGCUAAUUAUCUCGUUACGCCACUUAUGCAGUCACUUCAAAACGAGCUGCAUGAGGUCGUUAUAAAAAUCAUCAUGCGGAUGUCAAUAUGGAGGGAGUCGAAGACGGAACACUUAACCCCAGCCACAUUCGCCGAUUAUCUAUAUGACUCAGUGUACGACAUUGCUCGUGUUGUCGAUAUUUGUGUCCUAUAUGGCUAUACAGAAAAAAGUUCAGUUAACCCCCUUAUUAAGAAGAUGCUAACCAACGUAUUCAAGAGGCAGCCUAAGCUGACACUUGAAGUCGAUAUUUUCGUUGGUGCCAUGCAAAAAAUCUUGUCAGAUUUGCGAGGCAUAUGUGAAAAUGAGGAUCCCGAUGUUUCGCGUGGUGAACUAUUGCUGCAUAUGGGGGGAACCUCGCUAAAUUCAACACCUUUUGAAUUUUUGGACGACAAGGAGAUUUUCGAUAUGUGUCAGCGUACGCUGGAACCAUCUGCAACUGUUUUACAUUUCAUGAGACAUACGCCUGAUGAAAUCCUUGAUUCUUUGGAGGACGUGGUGAUUGCAAUUCCUCAGUUCUUUGAUGUGGUAUAUACGUCGAUUGAUAGAGAAUUAGAGCGGCGAAAAGGAACAUUGCCUACUGGCCUAGCCGAUCAAGCCAUGGAAAUGUUCCGCGCAGGACAAUCUUGCGCACUUGACGUGUUCCGGCAUUUCGUUAAAGUCAAAUGUAUUGAUCCUACUGCGACAAAUAGCCUACCAAAUACAGAAGCAGCCCUCAAAGCAGUGGAAAAAUAUUACACUUUAUUAAUGCAAGCCGUGGAGCAGGCUAGUUUUAUUAUUUCCUAUAACUCGAUGUAUCCUUUGCAAGAAGACAUCGAUACAUUUCGAAAGAGUUCGUUAACGGCAGGCUUAGUGGAUGAAUCCCAGUUUAAAUAUUUGCUCAAUGCUCUCCAUAUGGCUGUAACAGAAAUAGGGCUAGAGCAGGACGUUUUUGGUGAAAGUGUGAUGCUGGAGGGAGCGGUUGGUGGAAGCAUGAUGUCUGAAGUUAAAAAAAUUCUAGCUGUCAUACCUGAUCUGCGGCAUGAGUUUGUCGAAAAGUGCCUUGAGUUCUAUGAUUGGAAUGUUAAUGAGGUAAUUAGUGCUUUGAUCGACAACAACGUUCAUCCAGAGCUCGAAAAGUAUCGUCAUGCACCCGCUAAAUCCGUCGAGGAAUCGCCUAAAGCCGAGGAUGGAGCAGAGGUACACAUUGGCAAAAAAAAUCAAUUAGCUUGCCUCUUUACAGAGGACUUUUUAGCGAAACGUAAUGUCCAGAACAUAAUAAUGCAAUACAGUGAUGUGGACGUUGAAGUCAACACGAAAAUGUACGAUGACGAAUAUGAUGAUACAUACGACUCAGUCGAUGUCGGAAUCCCUGAGAAAGACUUUAGAGAAAGUGAUCGACCCUUUGAAGUGCCUCGUAUUUUGCGGAAGGGCGACGAGCGCAGAAAAGCCGAAUGGGAAAUUGGGAAAAACCAAGAAGAGAACGACGAUAGUGAUGAUAAUGAGGAUGACGAUGCUACGAGGAAGCGUCAGAUAGCAUUCUGUGAAAAUCCGGAAGACGUACGAGCUAGGCGGGAACAAAGAUAUCAGGCAAACCUUGCAAGAAGGGGUAAAGCGCCUCCACCGAAACGAGACGUUGUUGGAGUAGCUAAAGGCCAAGGCCAAAGCAGAGAAGUAUUGCGAAACCGACAGCUUAAGGAAAAACAUAAAGGAGGCAAUCGUGCAGUGCAAUCGGAGAGGAAGAGAAGAGAAUUCUAAGUAUUUAAAUUUAACCGCUAUCGCCCACCAAAGGUGUGCAUUUGCUACGACACACAGCUGCGAUACGUGAUGUAUUAUGAGGAAACGGAAAACGCUUACUGGCAAAGCGACAAAUACGCGAACGCGACAGAUGAAUACGACUGACGGAAUGAGUGUUAUUGAUUGUAAAUCACAUUUAUUUUUGAAGUAGAGCUUGCACGUUGAAUCAAUAUAGUGAUGUAAAAAAGCUUUAAGGAAACAUUACUGUUCUCACUAAAAAUUCCGUUUUUUUCUUGGAGUCAGUAUAUUUUAAUAAAAAGGUAGCUUCGUUUACAAUUGAAAGGUUUUAUAAUAGAAUUGAUUAUAAAACUGUAGGAACCCCAAGAGCAGCUAUCAUAUGCUAAAAAGUCUAAUAAAUAAACAUACAGUAAGCAGAUAACCACUAGAAAUAAUGAUAUCAAUUACAGGAUAUUCAUGUUUCAUAAUUUUGUAUCGCUUCAUAGAGGCCACUAGGUUCACAAAUGGGUUUUCGUUCAUACAGAUACGAACUACAAAAUAUACUGAACUUCAUUGAAACAUGCUUUGGCAACUAUGGCAUCUGAAAAAGUACGUACUGCCGCACAUUUUCAGGGAGAUUUGUAUACUAGUAGAACGCUUUUCUUUCAUAAAUAGUGAAAUGGCAUCUAUAAUUAUUUUUAAUGAUUCAAUAAAAGUUUACUCUAUUUUUUUCUAGUUGAUUCUGCUUGUUUACGCGCCUUAAUUGAAGAGUUGAUUAUUAAUAAUAACCAGUAAUAACAAGAAAAAUAUAACUAGCUAAACAACGCAUACAGGUAAAUGCUCUGCUGUUUUUCCGUCGCAAAUUUGAAACGAAACUCAUCAAGAGCACUAAUAACUCCCAUGCAUUGGUGCGUAUCAUAAAGCUAUUCAUAGAAAUAGUAUGUAUGUGUUCACGCUAUUUCUGUAUACUACUAUCUGUCAUGGUUAAGUUCGGACACCAUUCCGUCUAUCAUAUUGCUAUCGUAUGCUAUCACAUGGACGUGGAAUGCUUCAUCAAAAUGCCCCAGGCAUCGUAAGUGUAUCAGAUAUAUUAUGAUUUUAUUGUAAUAUUUCCAAAUUACAGACCCUUCUACCGUUGCGUCUGAAGGAAAACUCAGCAGUAAUCAGUAUGGAAUA